UAGCGAAAAUGUGAAUAUAUUUGAUAUGGUCGUUAAGGCAACCCUAUGGAUCAAAGAGACUAUGCAGGUCUUAUGUAUUUCUUCCGGGUUGGGUCUGCAGAGGAAGGUUAGUAUGGGAUGUGGCUCUGAUCUCAACCGACAGCAGUCAACGCUCUCGCAGCCAGCCCCUACCGUUGUAAACGGCCGCACGGAGAUCUCUUCUACCAAACAGCGCGGCACGGAAUAUCUCCUGGGCGACGCAGAGGGACAGCAAAAUAUAUUUUCAAUGGACGCCAUCUCGUAUGACAUAUUUUGACCCAAUUACGCUGUCCCCUUCGCUGUCUCUCACUGUGGAAAAUCAUCACUAUUCUCGGAUUAAUUUUUGAGGGAAAAUGUUUGAUUGACAGACGAAGGAGGAAGUGGGAUCUCUAAAGCUCCUCCCCCUGCUGGUGGAGCCCCUGCACAUCUGGAUCGGAGACCCCUUUUCUCUGCUAAACAGCAUGCGGAGGUUUGCCUACUGUAAGGUGGUCCUGGCCACAUCACUGGUGUGGGUGAUGCUGGACAUGUUCAUCCUGCUCUACUUCAGCGAGUGUAACAAGUGUGACGACAAGAAGGAGAGAGGACUGCCAGGGAGGGACGAUGUGCUGGCGAGGCCUCGGGAUGGGCCUGGUGAAGGGGGAAAGCCGGUGGUGAUACCCAAGGAGAACCAGGAGAAGAUGAAGGAGAUGUUCAAGAUCAACCAGUUCAACCUCAUGGCCUCUGAGAUGAUUGCUCUCAACAGGUCCCUACCAGACGUCCGUCUGGAGGGAUGUAAGAACAAGCUGUAUCCAGAUGACCUUCCUCGUACCAGCGUGGUGAUCGUCUUCCACAACGAGGCGUGGACCACGCUGCUGCGCACCGUGCGCUCCGUCAUCGACCGCUCGCCACGCACUCUUCUGGAGGAGGUCAUCCUGGUGGACGACGCCAGCGAGAGAGACUUCCUGAAGCGUCCGUUAGAGCAGUACGUGCGGAGGAUGGAGGUUCCUGUCAGAGUGGUACGCAUGGAGCAGAGGUCAGGACUGAUCCGAGCUCGUCUGAAGGGAGCCUCGCUCUCCACUGGACAGGUGAUUACGUUUCUUGACGCCCACUGUGAGUGUACAACUGGCUGGCUUGAGCCCUUACUGGCUCGCAUCAAACUGGACAGGAUGACAGUGGUGUGUCCCAUCAUCGACGUGAUCAGUGAUGACACGUUUGAGUACAUGGCAGGGUCAGACAUGACCUACGGAGGGUUCAACUGGAAGCUGAACUUCCGCUGGUACCCCGUCCCUCAGAGAGAGAUGGACCGACGCAAAGGAGACAGAACGCUGCCCGUCAGGACCCCCACCAUGGCGGGGGGGCUGUUCUCCAUACACAGAGAAUACUUCCAGGAGAUUGGGACAUACGAUGCAGGAAUGGACAUUUGGGGGGGGGAAAACCUGGAGAUCUCCUUCAGGAUCUGGCAGUGCGGAGGGACAUUGGAGAUCGUAACGUGUUCUCACGUGGGUCACGUGUUCCGCAAGGCCACACCUUACACGUUCCCUGGGGGAACAGGACAGAUCAUCAACAAGAACAACCGGCGACUGGCAGAGGUCUGGAUGGACGACUUCAAGAACUUCUUCUACAUUAUAUCUCCAGGCGUGACAAAGGUGGACUACGGUGACAUCACGUCCCGCUUGUCUCUGAGACAGAAGCUGCAGUGUAAACCCUUCAGCUGGUAUCUAGAGCACGUCUACCCAGACUCCCAGAUCCCCCGGCACUACUACUCCCUAGGAGAGAUCCGGAACGUGGAGACCAACCAGUGUCUGGACAACAUGGCUCGCAAGGAGAACGAGAAAGUUGGCAUCUUCAACUGCCAUGGCAUGGGAGGCAACCAGGUGUUCUCCUACACUGCCAAUAAGGAGAUCCGAACGGAUGACCUGUGUCUGGAUGUGUCCAAACUCAACGGACCUGUCAUGAUGCUCAAGUGUCACCACCUCAAGGGGAACCAGCUCUGGGAUUACGACCCUGUGAAGCUGACCCUGGUGCACGUCAACAGUAACCAGUGUUUGGACAAGGCCAAUGAGGAGGACAGCCAGGUUCCCAGCGUUAAAGACUGCACACACACGCGCUCCCAGCAGUGGCUGCUCCGCAACGUCACACUGCCCGAGAUCUUCUGACUUGCCGGUCCUCACACACUCACACACACACUCACACACACACUCACACACACCGGCUGGCAGAGAGGGAAGGAGGAUAGAGCACGAUAGAUCCAGGAGGAGGGUCAGCACUACCUCUAGAACCUUCUGUAGUCUGCCCCACUGGUGUGGAGACAGAAAAGGGGACUGAGGGAGGGAGGAUGUGUGAGACAGAGACGAAGAAGCUGUGGAACUGUUCUGAGGAGGACCUAAGGUGUGGAAGAGAGUGACUUGAUGUGUGCGACUAUAAACAUACUGUUUUUGAGGAGAGACGUCGUCUGUUGUCUCAACUUCCGGGGGACGAGGUGGAAGUCCCGACUCAUCAUGUCUGUUUACCUGACUGCCUCUCCAGCAAGAGGGCGGGCUGCAGGUUCAUGUGUACGGCAGACGAGUGGAUGUGCAAAGAGGGCUGUUUCUUUAGUAUCGUUCUAUUUAAUUUUUUCAUUAAUUCAGAAAAGAAACCUGCGGUUAAAAACAUAUGAAGAAAUUGCAUGUGUGCGCUGAAAAUGCCCUCUAUUUGCAACACAGCUGUGUGUGUGUGUGUGUGUGUGUGAGAGAGAGCACCCCUCCGUCAAUCCUCCAGCAGUGUCUGUCUCCCUCUAGUGUUUUCCUUUGGAGCUGCAGCAUCAGAGUUAACAAGACGAGGAGGAACGGUUCUCCACUUAAGAACUCAUCAUGAAAAACAACAAACCCGUAACCCGUGUCCCGUAACCUGACUGGUCCGCUUGUGGUGGACAACAAUAACAUGUUUGUGAUAUCUAGAGAUUUUUAUGUGCAGUAUGUUUUUGGUUGUUUUGUUUUUUUACAUGGUAUCUGUUUUUAUGGUCCAGACCUGUCUCACUGACCUCUCUGUGUGUCAUGGAGCUGUGACACGUUUCCUGUCUGUUUUAUCUCAAAGGUGUAACAUGUAGAGGAUUCACGCACACACACACACACACACACACACAUGAUGUAGGCUGAGCUGGACUGUCACUUUAAUCUAUUCUGUCAUAUCUUCCUCUUUAUAUUUUACACUCCAAGGGCUCCUUCCUCCAAUGGAGUGUGUGUGCGUGCAUGUGCCUGUUUUUGUGUGCGUGUUUGCAUGUUUGUCUCCAAUGUCCACUUCAUUCUAUAAACCCAGCCCAUCAACCUCCCAGUCUAUCUAAACAAUCAGAUCUCCGAUCAGAUUCCUGCUGUAUCUACUAGAUUCCUGCUCAGCCCAGUGGAGCCACAGAGACUGAUUCUAGAUCUGAUCUCGUUGUGUCUUACAUCAGAACAUUACAGGGGAGAUGAUGGGGGUGGGGUCUGUCUCCGUCUUCAACCAGGCAGGCUGGCCUUGGGCCCAGGCCUCAGGGAGAGGGUCAGGGUUAGGGUUAGGGUCGGGGUUAGGGUUAUCUAUAUAUCUACAGAGUUCCCAACCCGAGACAGGUUGGUUGACAGUUCUAUCCAUAAGCAGCUAAACUUUUACACAUCUAGACAAAAGACUAGAUCUGAAAUGAUUGUAUAGUGAAAGUAAGAUAACUUAAGUCCUGGGUUCAUUCAGAUCUGCGAGUGUACAUGGAGUAGGAACUAGGCUCCAGACAUAUCUCACUUGGUUAAACACAUAUCUCCCUGACCUGAGAGGGGUGUGUGUGUGUGGAGGGGGUGGGGUGGGGGGGGAUAACCAGAAGAACACUCCGCAUAUCUUACUUUUUACUUGUUUCUUCUGAACUCUUGGAUCCCUCCCAGGCUAGAAAACCAGGACGUUACGUCUUCUUAAACUGAAACUAUUUCAGCCUCCAAUGGGGGAGGGCUUUACACACAGUUCUGACCAUUGGGGGAGGGCUUUACACACAGUUCUGACAUUUCAUUUGUUCUUCUUUGUCGUGGAGGCGGGGGAGUGUGUCAGUUAGCGGGGUCAUGUUAGACUGAAUGACUGUAUAGUGCAGAUGAGUGUUUACUGAUUUGGGGGUUUGACUGCUGAUGGAGAGUGCCCACAGUCUGCCCCCAUGGGCUGAGGUGUGUACGUGUACGACCAUGCCUCCACACUGAGGUGAGCCAAGCGUUGUAGAAAACUUAAGUGAGAAAGUUUACAAAAUAAUACAACAACAACAACAA